ACCCACCCGCCCGCCUAACCUAACGAGCGCAGCGCCGCCGCCCGUCGAUUUGCUUGCCCGAGCCAGGCUGCUCGUGCUCAUCUCCCGGCGGGCGGCGCACGGCGCGGCGUCCCAGGAUCACCCAGCCGCUCGGCGUCCAGGGCUCCAGGCGACCAGCGGCCAGCGUCUGGCGUCCUCCACAGCUCCACUCAGUGACCAUCUAGCACGGGCAUCGGCAGGCUAGCAACCAGCAUCGAAGGCAGCAAGCCCCAGGAAGCAAGGCUCAGGCUCAGGUUCAGUUCCUUCCAUUGAUGAAGAUAUAGAUAUGGUAAAUUGAUAGGCGAGAUCAACCGACUCGGCACUUGUUAGGUUUAGGUGCAUACAUGUCAAUUGACAUUCAGGAUCUCCAGACAGUUACUUUUUAGAAAAGUGUGUCCAAAAAAGUUAUUCCAAACAGGGCCUAUCCAUAUUCCACCCUGUCCGCCGCCAUGAACACUGCCGACAGUGUGGCAGCAGCUGCCGAGAAGGCACGGCGCAAGGACAAGAAACAGAAAAGGAAGAAGUGCAAGGAUGCCAUUGAGGACGGCGCUGCAACAGCUGAGGAAGGCACACCCCACGAGAAGAAGAAGCAGAAGCAGAGGAAGGAUGGAGGUGAGUGGGAGGAGAAGCCGGAGAGGCUGAAGCCGACUGUGAGCAUCGCUGUUGCCGGCUCCAUCAUCGACAAUGCCCAAUCCCUUGAGCUCGCCACCAUGCUGGCUGGCCAGAUCGCCCGCGCCGCAACCGUCUUCCGCAUAGAUGAGGUCGUUGUCUUUGACAGCACUCCGGCUUUAGAGAAUGGCGGCACGGGUGAUGGUGAAGAGAGCGGUGCAUGUUUCCUUGUUCGGAUAUUGGAGUAUCUGGAGACACCGCAGUACCUACGCCGGCGCCUUUUCCCGAUGCACAAGAACCUGAAGUUUGUGGGAUUGCUUCCACCACUCGAUGCGCCACACCAUGUGCGCAAGCACGAAUGGUCUGAGUUUCGUGAAGGUGUAACAUUGGAGGGUGAUCGCUCAAAGGGGACCCUUGUUGAUGUGGGCUUAAGCAAGAAUGUUUUAGUUGAGCAAAUACUAGAACCAGGGAAGAGAGUAACUGUAGCCAUGGGAUCCAAUCGUGACCUAACAACAGCUUGCGUAAGGAAAGUUGUUCCCCUCUCCACCCCCAGGGAAGAGAUGGGAUCUUAUUGGGGCUAUAAAGUGCGUUAUGCUUCAAGUUUAAGUGGUGUUUUCAAGAAUUCCCCGUACAAGGAAGAAUAUGACCAUAUCAUUGGCACUUCAGAGCAUGGACAAAUAAUUAAUUCUUCGGAGCUGACCUUACCUUCUUUUAGGCAUCUUCUGAUUGCAUUUGGUGGACUUGCUGGUUUGGAAGAAAGCAUUGAAGAAGAUACAAAUCUGAAAGGCAAACAUGCGAAUGAUGUAUUCACAUCUUAUUUGAAUACGUGCCCCAACCAAGGAAGCAGAACAAUAAGAACAGAGCCAACUUUUCCCAGGAGGCCCUUCUCAUUUCCCUCCAAUACUUCCAAGAUCCCAUCAGACGAGUAGAACAGCAAAUGUAGGUUGUGAUACAGACGCAUGCAAAUCUAUUCUUGUUCUUGGGCAACAAAAGUGAAGCUGCUUGCUAUAGAGCUCCAGCGGUGGCAUUGGAGUUUGCUCACAGAAAUUUUUGGCCUGUUGCCUAUGUGUCAGUGAAUUUUAGUCAAGAGGUCGCUGUUGUGAACAUCUUUGGGCACUUACUGAAGCGGUGAAAAUUUGUUGUGGAACUGAUUUCGCCGAAAGGGCUUCGGUGUUUGGUGCCCAUCUCAAUGUAUCCAGUGGUUGGCCACGGGACAUGAUCUGUAUCGUUGUUUUAUGACCAUACAGUAGCAAUGGACUGUUGUUAUGUCUUGGUAAAGAUAAAGAUUGACUUGUUUCCGUUUUC